AUGAGACACGGAGAUAGCUGUGAUAGAGUCACUCCCUUGUCCCUCUACACUGGUGCCCCGUCCUGUUUCACAGGGCGCAUCUACUCUAAUGGGCCCUUACUCUACCUCAAUGGGCCCUCACCUUACCUCAGUGGGCCCUUAACCUACCUCAGUGGCCCCUCACCCUACCUCAGUGGGCCCUCACCCUACCUCAGUGGGCCCUCACCUUACCUCAGUAGGCCCUUACCCCACCUCAGUGGGCCCUCACCCUACCUCAGUGGGCCCUCACCCUACCUCAGUGGGCCCUUACCCCACCUCAGUGGGCCCUCACCCUACCUCAGUGGGCCCUUACCCCACCUCAGUGGGCCCUUACCCCACCUCAGUGGGCCCUCACCCUACCUCAGUGGGCCCUCACCCUACCUCAGUGGGCCCUCACCCUACCUCAGUAGGCCCUUACCCCACCUCAGUGGGCCCUCGCCGUACUUCAAUUGGCCCUCAACCUACUUCAGUGGGCCCUCACCCUACCUCAGUGGGCCCUUACCCCACCUCAGUGGGCCCUCACCCUACCUCAGUGGGCCCUUACCCCACCUCAGUGGGCCCUCACCCUACCUCAGUGGGCCCUCACCCUACCUCAGUGGGCCCUCAACCUACCUCAGUGGGCCCUCACCCUACCUCAGUGGGCCCUCACCUUACCUCAGUGGGCCCUCACCCUACCUCAGUGGGCCCUCGCCGUACUUCAAUUGGCCCUCAACCUACCUCAGUGGGCCCUCACCCUACCUCAGUGGGCCCUUACCCCACCUCAGUGGGCCCUCACCCUACCUCAGUGGGCCCUCGCCGUACUUCAAUUGGCCCUCAACCUACCUCAGUGGGCCCUCACCCUACCGCAGUGGGCCCUUACCCCACCUCAGUGGGCCCUCACCCUACCUCAGUGGGCCCUCACCCUACCUCAGUGGGCCCUUACCCUACCUCAGUGGGCCCUCACCCUACCUCAGUGGGCCCUCACCUUACCUCAGUGGGCCCUUACCCUACCUCAGUGGCCCCUCACCCUACCUCAGUGGGCCCUCACCUUACCUCAGUGGGCCCUCACCCUACCUCAGUGGGCCCUCACCCUACCUCAGUGGGCCCUCACCCUACCUCAGUGGGCCCUCACCCUACCUCAGUAGGCCCUCGCCGUACUUCAAUGGGCCCUAA